AUGGGCAAGGGCCCCUUCUUCUUUCGCCGCUCCGCCUCUCGCCGCCGUCAGCGGAAGAUCGUCAUUCCGUCCGAGUCUCCUCCCCCGCCGCAUUUGUCGCCGCUCGGCAGCGCCAUGAUCGCCGGUGGCGGUGCCAUUUCCAUGACGAAGGUCAAGAAGAAGGCCGGCGGGGCGAGGCUGUGGAUGCGGUUUGACCGGACAGGGCGGACGGAGCUGAUGGAACUUGACAAAAACGCCAUCAUUCGCCAUGCCGCAAUUCCCGCCAGAGAUCUCAGAAUCUUGGGCCCUGUUUUCUCCCAGUCCUCCCAUAUUCUUGCUAGAGAGAAAGCAAUGGUUGUUAAUUUGGAGUUUAUAAAGGCUAUAGUCACAGCUGAAGACGUGCUAUUGCUUGAUCCUCUACGCCGCGAGGUUCUUCCAUUUGUUGAACAUCUCAGGCAACAACUUCGACAUAAAUAUCAACCUAAACUUAGUGGGCCUGCAGGUGAACAAGAAAGCGAAAUGCAGGUUUCGGAUGGCAGACAAUGGUUGCCAGUGCCAGAGUCUACUGAAGGGUUGCAAUCUGAGCUUCCAUUUGAGUUUCAGGUUUUGGAGAUUGCUUUAGAAGUUGUGUGUACCUCCCUGGAAUCAAGUGUGGAAGACCUCGAGAGAGAUGCUUACCCUGUAUUAGAUGAUUUGGCCAGAAAUGUUAGUACCAAGAAUCUUGAACAUGUGCGAAGUUUGAAGAGCAAUGUUACUCGUUUGUUGGCACAAGUGCAGAAGGUACGAGAUGAAAUUGAACAUCUGUUAGAUGACAAUGAAGACAUGGCGCAACUAUAUUUGACAAGGAAGUGGCUGCAGAAUCAGCAACUUGAUGCUCAUGUUGGGGCCACACCCUCAAACCACCCUGCUAGUAUUCGUCAAAUUGGUUCUAAAAGAAGUGGAAGUCUGGUAAACUUCACCUUUGGAGAAGAGAAUGACGUGGAGGAUUUGGAGAUGUUACUUGAGGCAUAUUUUAUGCAGUUGGAUGGAAGUCGAAACAAGAUAUUGUCGGUUAGGGAGUAUAUCGAUGAUACAGAAGACUAUGUCAACAUCCAACUUGAUAAUCACAGAAACGAACUUAUUCAGCUGCAAUUGACAUUGAUCAUUGCCUCAUUUGCAAUUUCUAUUGAAAAUUUGUUGGCCGGUACAUUUGGUAUGAACAUUCCUUGUUCACUAUAUGAAGUACAAGGACUAUUUUGGCCCUUUGUUUGGACCACAAAUGCUGGUUCAUUAAUCCUUUUCUUGCUUAUAAUGGCAUAUGCAAGAUCCAUAAAAUUGCUUGGGCCAUAA